AUGAACGGCACCACCGGUGCCCCUCCAGCAUGGUCUGGCGCCGAGCACUUCGACAUGGCCGGCUCCGAGCACGAUUUCAGCAAUCUCCUCGACUUCGAUCUCGACUUUUCCGAGUUCGCUAACGGUUCCUCCGUCGGCCACGGCGGCCAGCAGCUCGAGCAACUCGCCGACGAGCUCGACGUCCAGCACCUGCACAACCCCUUCAGCCCGCAGAUCCAACAGCAGCAGCAGCAGCAGCAGUCGCAACUUCGCAAUGGUGCUCGCACGCCCGGCGCGCCGCAGCCGCAAAGGCACCUGGACGGUCGCAACGGCGGCCACCCCCACAGCAUGCCCCAGCAGAGCGGCUUCUUCGAGUUCAGCAUGCCGUACCAGCAACACGGCGUGCCUGCCUUCACCCAGGCGCCCGACAUGUACCGUCCGCACGCGCAAGUGCCUCCCACGCCAAAUAGUAUGGAAUUGCACGGCGACCCGUCGCGCUACCUGCAACAGAUGGAUGCGCACCAGGCUAUGUUCGACGGGCGAUUCCAAAUGCGCAAGGACGAGUCCUUCACUCCACUGGUAUCGCCCGCAGUCACGCCUCAUGAGCCCCGCUUUCAAGUACACGAUAUGACCACGGUGCCGGGCGCAUACUUCAGUCCACUAACCUCGCCCGCCCUGAAUGCGCAAAACUACCCACAUGCGCAAACCCACUCCAGCCACUAUGGGACUACCUCCGGAAGUUCUACGGGAGCAUCACCGGUGGAUGUAGAUAUGGACAUGUUGGAGGAGCCCGCCAUGAGCCAGUCGAGCCAGGGCCGCAAACUCAGGAGCGCAACUAAGAGGAGCGCCCCUACGCGGUUCUCGGCUGCCCCCGCGCGCGUACGACAGUCUCCCAUUGUAAAACCUGCGAGGCGAAAAGCUACCGUGUCAUCACUCAUCCCUCCCAAGGAAGUAACGGAUCUGCUGGAGGAAGAACGCGUCCGUCGUCCUUCGUCCAGUGGAGCGGAUCUACGUCUUAGCCGCGAGAGCUCAGAGUCUGAUUCCAUAUCUCCAGGCCCUCUCUCGGAGAUGGGACCUCCACCCAAGCCGACUUCGGUGCACCCGUCUCCCGCAAUGAGUGCACAAACUUCUGCAUCAGGGGUUGCACCUGCCACUCCAGCUUCUCUGAUGCGCAUUCACCCAUCGCCUACUUUCGACGAUGCAGAUGCACCACCAGCAUUGGACGACUUGACAUUGCCGGAAGCCUCUUUGGACAGGCCGCAGCUAUCACGGAUAGACACUGCACUUCAAGAAGACCAGGAUACACCAAGAUUAGCGGCACGGAAAACACCUAAGCUGGGACCAUUGUCUACCCCGUCUGGAGCUUCUGCGCAGUCAGGGAAGCCCAGUCCCAGUCCGAUGCUCAGCGCCAUUUCCUCUCCUACAAGUCCAGCAUUCUUUCCGGGAACCAACAGAAAGGCAGAUCCAAAGUCCGCUCGUCCGUCUAAGAAGCGGAACAGCGUCACUUCGACACUGGUGAGCCCUGCUCUGCGACCGAAAAUAUCUCCUAGCAUCAAACCAUUACUUCCUGACGGCUCCGUCUCUGGUGACACUCACGCGCUUCUGCUCGCCUCCAAGUCGAAUUACCAGAAUAUUCUCGAUGGCACAGUGGUUCCGGGCGUCUCCUAUCCAACAUCGCUCUCCACGAAUUUGACCUCAAAACGAACCUCGCACAAGAUUGCCGAGCAAGGCCGCCGAAAUCGUAUCAACACGGCACUGCAAGAGAUGCAAGCGCUUCUACCAUCCCCGCAGCUCGGUGCCAAAGAAAGCAAAAGCCCAGAGAGCAUGACUGCUGCGCAAUCGAACAACUCGAAAGCGGCAAAGGUCGAAUCCGCCAUCGAUUACAUCAAAGCCCUCCAGAAGCAGUGUGCAGAAAAGGACAGGGCACUCGAUCAGAAAGACCAAGAAGUGGAAGCUCUACGCAGAGAGUUGGCUGCAUUCAAACGAUCGGACUCGACGGGAGCAGCAUCAAGCGCCGACACAGCGCUGCAGUCCACCGAGGAGAACGGUACCUGA